UCAAGUCAGAGUGCUGACCUUUCGGGACCUUCCAAGCUUUUUUUUGACAUAGCCGUUGUCAAAUUUACACUUCUCGGGUGUGCAAAAAGGUGAAAUUGCCAAGCGGUGGCUGUCGACGCUCUUCCCCUCUCGCCGACCCGUAGUCACCCGCCGGCCGCCGCGGGUCCCCGGAGAGGGCGUCACAGUUCUGCGAAAAAAGCCGCAAUGAAGAGUGCAUUUCGGCGAGCCGAAAAAUAAGACGCCGGCGCGCCUUUGAAGAGAGCAUCAGCGGGUUUCUCGAUGCCCGGGGUGAACCUCUUGCACCAGAGCCAUCACGGAAGAUGAAAGGGAGAUGCGUGCUUGAGGUGGAGACCAGGCUUUAUCCCGGCAUCAAGUAAUUGAAAGACCGCAGAGUGUGGCGGGCGGGGAGGGGGGCGCCGAGUAAACCCGGGCUGAGUCAUUCUUGCGAGAUUCACAGCAAAGAAUUUGAAGCUCGAUGGUCUUGUCAUCUUAUUUGUCGUCAGAGAAAAGAAGAAGCUAUACUGUCACCGGUCCCAAAUAAGAAAAAGAUCCAUUCAAGACGAAACGAUUGUUGUCGAUUCAUCGUCUUUGUUGUUUUUAUACUCGGUCACCAGCAAGAGCAGGCGGGAUUGACAUGAUUACUCGCCACAAUGCCGCUUGUGUUUGCGGGCUGCCCCUGCGGGAUGCAGAGAUGCUCCCGUUGGAUCAGCGUAAUCUCGUUCGGCCUUGAAUAUUCAACCCAGUAGAUGUAUAAUCUGCAUGUUCAGAUGACAACAGGCUGUGUUGCCUGACAUUUCAAUCAGAUCACGUCAUGGCUGGCAACUGAACUGUAGAUUAUUGUAGUUUCAGUCACGUUAAUCUGUGGGAUUGUCUACACACAAAAAAAUACAAAGAAACCUAUUGAGCAUUUUCCUCCCAAAAACUAAUACAAAAGCUUUCAGAUCUUCAUUCAAAUCUUCAAAAUAUCCCUUUGAUAUCUUUCUGUCAUUUUUUAGUUGUCGUUAUCCUGUGAACAUUUUGUAAUCCUGCUCAUUCAAGACCAUCAUCCGCUCCCCCCCCCCCUCCAUUGCCAGAAACAGAACACGGGUUUGUCAUUAUGAGCCGUGACUCCUCCCACUUCCACUGCCACUGUUCCUCCUCUCCCUCCCCGGUGUGUGUGAAGAGCUCGGCCGGCGGUAGUGCGCGUUAAUCCCGGAUUGCGCUGCCCUGCCGUCUCCAUCCCGUCAUUGCUAAGCGAGCAUGGCACGGCUCCAGGACCCCCGUACCCCCGCAGGAGCCUCCUGAAGAGUUGGCAAAUCGCCCAACUACCUCAGCUUUUAAGACUCUCUCGUGGAAUCAAACAAGGGACAGAAGAGAUUAACAAGGGGGGGUGGAGAUGGAAACAUGCCGGCCGGCGCAUCGCAGUCUUGGGCGGCGGUGUGAAUGAAGAGGCGACCUCCGGUCACACGUUGCCAUCUCGCUCUCUCUCGUACGUGAGGGAUUAAAGUUUUCCUUCUUCGCCGCCGCUGAUCUCCCCGUUGGCACGAGUGUCGUCACUCUUGAGUUGCGAGUGUGUGACAUGGAGUCUCCCACCAAAGAGAUCGAGGAGUUUGAAAGCACGGCCCUUCAGUACCUCCAGCCGGAACAAAUUGAGAAGAUUUGGCUCAGGCUCCGAGGACUGCGCAAGUACAAGAAGACGUCGCAGAGAUUAAGAUGUCUGGUCAAACAACUGGAGAGAGGCGAAGCUUCCCUCGCCGACCUCAAGAAGAACCUCGAGUAUGCCGCGUCUGUGCUGGAAUCGGUCUACAUCGAGGAGACCAGGCGCUUGGUGGACACGGAGGAUGAGCUCAGCGACAUCCAGUCCGAGUCGGUACCGUCGGAAGUGCGUGACUGGCUGGCCUCCACCUUCACGCGCCAGAUGGGCCUGAUGCUGCGACGCAAUGAGGAGAAACCUCGUUUUCGAAGCAUCGUCCAUGCCGUCCAGGCGGGAAUAUUUGUUGAGAGGAUGUACCGACGCACCUCCAAUUUGGUGGGACUCAGCUACCCCCCUACCGUUAUAUCCGUGCUGAAGAAUGUUGACAAGUGGUCAUUUGACGUGUUUGCUCUGAACGAGGCCAGUGGCGAGCACGCGCUUAAAUUCAUUUUCUACGAGUUGCUCACCAGAUACGACCUCAUCAGCCGUUUUAAGAUCCCCAUUUCUGCGGUUGUGUCGUUUGUCGAGGCCUUGGAAGUGGGAUACAGCAAGCAUAAAAACCCCUACCACAACUUGAUGCAUGCUGCUGAUGUCACGCAGACUGUUCAUUAUUUAUUACUCAAGACCGGCAUGGUGCAUUGGUUAACUGAGCUGGAGAUCUUUGCCAUGAUCUUCGCAGCGGCCGUGCACGACUACGAGCACACGGGGACUACAAACAACUUCCACAUUCAGACAAGGUCCGACACGGCUAUCUUGUACAACGACCGCUCGGUGUUGGAGAGCCACCACGUGAGCGCCGCCUACCGCCUGCUGCAGGACGACGACGAGAUGAACAUCUUGUACAAUCUCUCCAAGGAUGACUGGAGGGAGCUGCGUGCUUUGGUGGUGGAGAUGGUGCUGGCCACUGACAUGUCCUGCCACUUCCAGCAGGUGAAGGCCAUGAAGAACUUCCUGCAACAGCCUGAGGGCAUCGAUAAGCCCAAAGCCCUGUCCUUACUGCUGCACACCGCCGACAUCAGCCACCCGGCCAAAAGUUGGGACCUUCACCACCGCUGGACCACCUCUUUGCUGGAGGAGUUCUUCAGACAGGGGGACAAAGAAGCCGAGCUCGGCAUUUCCUUCUCGCCGCUCUGCGACCGAAAGUCCACAAUGGUGGCCCAGUCCCAGAUCGGUUUCAUCGACUUCAUCGUGGUGCCCACUUUCACCGUACUGAGCGACAUGAUGGAGCGCAUUGUCACGCCGCUCAUCGACGAGGCCUCGCACUCGGGUCUGGCGGGCUUCCGGCGCUCCAGUCUGAACAGUAUUAGCUCGGAGGAGGCCAAAAGGCACAGCGUCAAGAGCUUGGCCUGCGACAGCUGCUCGUCGGGUCAGAGCCCCCUGCUGGCCGUGGACAUGAAGAACUUCAAAGCGCUGUGGAACGAGGAGGUCACCCAGAACAGGGAGCGAUGGAAAGCGCAGGCCACCAAAGAGGCGGAGGAACGAGCCAAAAGGGAGGCGGAGGAGCGAGCCCAGCAGGAUAACGCCAUGGAACCUCAGGAGGACAGCGCCGACUCGACCGAGUCCAAAGACGACCAACAAGAAGCGGGAGACCAGGAGGCGGAGUCAAAGCCAGACGCCGAUGAAGCGACAUCGCCGCCUGGGGGCGCCGCACAUAAGAGUCCCUCGCUGCAGAACGGAGAGUUGUCUGAAGGCGCAGACUCUCCGGGAAGGGAAGAGACCAAAAACAUGGCGAUUGAUGCGGAGGUGGCUAUGGAAUGAGAACACCGACCUGGACCACGGAGGGUGGGAAAAGCCAAUUACUUGGACUUUGUCGCCCUCUAGAGGAUCACGCGACUGACGGCUUCACUUUAGGAGUUUUUGUUUUGUACAUAUUCCACCACGAUUUUGUCCCCUGGACAUCUUAGCAACUUUUACUUUGUAGUUCUCCAUAGUUUCAAGCUUGGUGAAAUGUUACAUUUAAACUGCAAAGAGGGAAAAAUGUUUGUUCUUUUUUUUGUGUGUGCAUCCUAUUCAUUCUUUUUUUUUUUUAAGUAAAUGGCUCCUAUUGCUAACGCAACCUGUCACGUAAAACACUUUUUUCUUUCCAAAACAACAUAUCGCACAUUUGUUUUUGAACUUAUUUGUUCUUCUGAAUGCCUUGUCUUGUUUUUUUUAAAUGUGCUGCUUUUCCCCUGCUCUGCAACUCUAAGAUGCAAAUAUUGCUGACUGUGCAUAUGUAAAAUAAUAUUUCUCUGCUUUAGCUGUUAUUGUAAAUGCAUACUUGUAGUUAAGCGCAAGAACAAUGGGCAGUAUUUGCAUUCCCUAUUUAACAUAAUUGUGCACUUGUGCAAUAUUAUUUGGGUAUAAAUCCAUAGUGCCAAGAUGUUGGCAUGCGGUAUGCUUCUUUUUGGAGAAUAGACACAAAAAGGGAGAAUUGAACUGACACAUUUCUAGGAAUGAGAGUAAAACAAUUCUUUUUUAACCUUAAUUUUCCUUUUUGACAUGUUUUUUUUAUGAUAGGGCGACGUCACGUGCUGUGAAAAGUUACUUUUCUCUCGAUCUACCUGUGUGCCUCUUACUGUUACAUGUAACUGCACCUGUCGGAAGCAGCCGUCAUUGUUCCUGCAACUCGCUGAUAAUGUUUUAUGUGCUCUUUUCGUGCUGUAACAGUUCCCUUUCUCUUUGCCUUCCGUUUUGCCAUUGGUUU